AUGGAAUGUCCUCUCGCAGCUGCCAAGGCCAUCCAGGGAUUGCGUGCCGUAUUCGAUGAGACCUAUCCAGAUCCUGUGCGUGUUGUAUCUGUAGGAAUACCUGUGGAUCUGCUCAUGGCUGACCCCACAGGGCCUGGAGGCUCCUCAACAUCUGUGGAGUUCUGUGGUGGGACUCACUUGAAGAAUUCUGGCCAUGUGGGUCAAUUAGUCAUCGUCAUAGAAGAAGCCAUUGCUAAAGGUAUCCGCAGAAUUGUUGCCGUUACCGGGUCAGAGGCUGUAAAGGCUGUGCGCCGACAGGAUGCAUUAAAUGCUGCUCUCAUUGCUGUGGAUGAAAAGGUAAAGCAGCAGACAUCUCCCAACAAGGACCUGCAGAAAAAAAUAGCAGAACUGAGUGAGAACUUGGCUACUGCAGCCAUCUCUCAGUGGAAAAAGGAUGAGCUGAGAGAACAAAUAAAAACAUUGAAGAAAACCGUGGAUGACCUUGACCGUUCCUACAAAGCCGAAAUUCAGAAACGAGUCCUAGAAAAGACAAAACAGCUCAUUGAAGACCAGCCUAAUCAGCCUGUUCUGGUCCUGGAAAUGGAGAGUGGAGCAUCUGCUAAAGCUCUGAAUGAAUCCCUGAAGCUCCUGAAAUCCCACUCGCCCCAAACUGCAGCCAUUAUGUUCUCUGUGGAUAACGACUCUGGGAAGAUUACAUGUUUGUGUCAGGUGCCUCAGGAAACUGCCCAUAAGGGGCUAAAAGCAUGCGAAUGGGUAAACAAAGUGUCUGAACUCAUGGAAAGGAAAGGAGGCGGUAAAGACACAUCAGCACAAGCUACAGGAAGGAAUGUUGGGAGUCUGUCCGAGAUUCUGAGGGCCGCUGAAGACUUUGCAAAGCUAAAAUUAGAGUCUGAAGAACUGAACUACAGAAUCUAA